CCUCGAAGCUGGGAGCUCAAGGAUUCUAAAAUAAAGUAACAGCUGCGCAUUGCAUAGUACAUGAAUAAGAACCGAUCUUUGGAUUCUGAUUAUCACUGUUUUACGAGCUUCACGCGCAGUUGAUGCGUGGGCAAACCACUGGGUCGGCAGCACCAGCUUCACCACACGAAUAUUCAUAACUCACCUUCGACUUGGUUCAAGAUGUGUGGCCGUUACUCCCUCUCAAUGCGCCCCUACCUAGUCCGCACCCACCUCCACACCGACCUCAACAUGCCCGUCUCCUCCGCCCCCCCGGAUGAAGGAGACGACGCCCCUCGACAAACCCAUAACUUUGCCCCAACGUAUCGGGGGUUAGUUUAUAGAGCCGUCGGUCAUGAUGGGGGUAAAGAGGGGGAGAAGGGUGGGGGAGAGAAGCAGGCGAAGAAAGCUGGGGAAGAGGGGCAAGGAGGUAGGGUAGAGGAGGGAGGAGGUGAGGAGGGGCAGAAGGAGGGGGAGAAGGAAGUUCAGUAUAAAUUACAGACUAUGAAAUGGGGGCUGAUCCCCUCAUGGACCAAGCGCGCCCCUGAUUUCUCAGCCUCUCUGAAGACGAUAAAUUGCAGAGCGGAGUCCUUGAUGUCCACCCACGGCAUGUGGACGUCUAUGAAGCAGCGGAAACGCUGUGUUGUGCUUAUGGAAGGGUUUUAUGAGUGGCUCCAUCGCGGGAGGGAGAAGAUCCCACAUUAUAUCAAGAGGAAGGAUGGGAGGAUGUUGUGUCUUGCCGGAUUAUGGGAUUCUGUGAAAUACGAGGGCGAGGGGGAGAGGGUGUAUACGUAUACUAUUGUUACGAAGGCGAGUAGUAGACAGUUAAGUUUCUUGCAUGACCGUAUGCCGGUGAUGCUUGAGCCGGGGGGAGAGGAGAUGUGGAGGUGGUUGGAUCCGGGGAGGGGUUGGGGGGGGGAUGUGGCGGGGUGCUUGGGGGGGUGGGAGGCGGAGUUGGAGGUGUUUGAGGUGGAUAGGGGGGUGGGGAAGGUUGGGAAUGAUUCGGCGGAUUUUGUGGUGCCGGUGGGGAAGGGGAGGGGGGGGAUUGAGGGGUUCUUUGGGGGGAGGAAGGGGGGGGUGGGGAAGAAAGAGGAGGUUAAAGAUGAAGUAGGGAAGAAAGAGGAGGCUGAGGAUGAAGUGGACAAGAAAGAGGAGGUCAAGGAUGAGGAUACCAAGAAUGAGGAGGGGCAAGAUCACAAACGCAACAUACAACACAAACCAUCGACCAAGAAAGAAGAACCCAACGAAGGGGACAUCAAAAUGGAAUCCAUCGAAACUGAGAACCUCUCUGAACACGCCCACCAACGAGAACCACCAAAGAAAGAAGAACCCGACGAGAAGGAGGAAUACAAACCCGAAACACCAAAGAAGGAACCCCCCUCUUCGCCAGCAAAAAAGGAAGAAGAGAGCAAACAAGGUAUCAAGCGCGAGCAUGACGAUAACCUGGACCUUGAUAAAGCAGAGCCGGUCAAGAAAGAGGCUAGGACGUUGGCGAGUCCGGUGAAGACUGAGGGGAGGGGGUUGAGGAGUUCGACGAGGAAUGAUAGGGGUGUUGUGACGCCGAAGAAGGGGAAGAAGGCAGAGAAAGGGGAGCAGAAGAUUACGGGGUUUUUUGGGAAGAAGUAGGCACGUAAGGGCUGGCGUUUGGAUGGAGGGGUGGAGUUUGGGGGCGUAUCUGCAAAUCUGUGGAUGGAGUUUGAGCCAUAAUUAUAUUGGGAAGUAUAUGUAUAUCUGUCACGGUGCAGAGUAUAUUCGAAGAAUAAAAAACUUUUAUUAUUCCCUAACAUGCAAUGCAUCGAAAUCACAAAAAACCAUCACACGCACAACUAG